AAUCACACUAUAAAGUCCCUUCCCACAUAUUUGCAGAAUCGUGUCCUAUGUGUGAUGAGUUGGCAAUGGAGAACAUGGAUCCAAGAGUUCCUUUGCGCUACCCUCAAGGCUGGGAACUAGUCUCUUGCCGCCGCCACACCCCAAUACUACAAAAACUACCGAUGAAGCCUCAAAAAUCUACGUGGCAUUCCGCUACGCUCACCGCCAACUCGAGCGCUUGGAGCAAAAAGCCGCAGAAAAGCGAAUUGUCGCACCAACCCCUGAAACCACAACACCGCCAUCAACACCAAAACCCUGCGCUUCAAUACCAACCCCCCACACAAGAAGACGAAAGAGAACCUUGCCCCAUCUGCACAGAAGGAACACCAAACCUCACAGUCGACUGCGGACACAGCUUCUGCAGCCCCUGUCUAACACAAUGGCAACAAGGCUGCACGGAUCAAAAAUUCGCAGAUUGGCUUCGCGAUAGACCGAUGUUGCGAGCACGAUACCCGGUCUUGGAGGCGAUUUUAAAGUCGAGGUUUACAUGUCCGAUGUGUAGAAAUUAUCUUCAACAUACAAAGCUGAGUAGAAGGGCAAAGAAGAUGUGGAAUAGGAGGGAGAGAGGUGAACCGGCGGGUGUUUCGUCGAGGAGUAGGAGGGGUGGGCAGAGG